UGCCACAUUCCCCGCCUGGCGGCUCCGGUGCUGCCGCCGCCGCCGUGUCCCCCCUCCGCCCCUCCCGAGGCAGGAGGAGGAGGCGGCGGUGCCGGGUGUGCACCCAGCCCUUCCCCUUCCCUCGGGUUUUGUUUCUAGCAGCGCUGUUCCUCUCCCCGUGGCAAGGGCUGCCUUGUGAAGCAGCACGUUCAUUCUCCCCCUUCAAGCACCGUAGGUCUCAUUUGCCGGCUUCAGAACCAUGGCAACAGAAGAAAAGAAACCAGAUGCAGAAUCCACCAAAACACAAUCGACUCCUUCCUCCUCAACCAAUCAGAGCAAGCCUGCACCAGUGAAACCAAAUUAUGCUCUAAAGUUCACGUUAGCGGGACAUACGAAGGCGGUAUCAUCUGUAAAGUUUAGUCCUAAUGGAGAGUGGUUAGCCAGCUCCUCUGCUGACAAACUUAUUAAAAUUUGGGGAGCAUAUGAUGGCAAGUUUGAAAAAACGAUAUCUGGCCAUAAACUGGGGAUCUCUGAUGUUGCUUGGUCAUCAGAUUCCAACCUUCUUGUCUCUGCCUCCGAUGAUAAAACUCUCAAGAUAUGGGAUGUAAGCUCGGGUAAGUGCUUGAAGACAUUGAAGGGGCACAGUAACUACGUUUUCUGCUGCAACUUCAACCCUCAAUCAAACCUCAUCGUUUCUGGAUCAUUCGACGAAAGCGUGAGGAUAUGGGAUGUGAAAACAGGGAAGUGCCUCAAGACGUUGCCUGCUCAUUCUGACCCAGUUUCAGCUGUGCAUUUUAAUCGUGAUGGAUCCCUGAUAGUGUCAAGUAGUUAUGAUGGACUCUGUCGAAUCUGGGAUACAGCAUCAGGACAGUGCUUGAAAACACUCAUUGAUGAUGAUAACCCUCCCGUGUCUUUUGUGAAGUUCUCCCCGAAUGGCAAAUACAUUCUUGCUGCAACUUUGGACAACACUCUUAAGCUUUGGGACUACAGCAAAGGAAAGUGCCUGAAGACGUACACAGGACACAAAAAUGAGAAGUACUGCAUAUUUGCCAAUUUCUCUGUUACUGGUGGAAAGUGGAUUGUAUCCGGUUCAGAAGACAACCUGGUUUACAUUUGGAACCUUCAGACAAAAGAGAUUGUACAGAAAUUACAAGGGCACACAGAUGUUGUCAUCUCAACAGCUUGCCACCCGACAGAGAACAUCAUUGCAUCGGCAGCACUAGAAAACGACAAAACAAUUAAACUGUGGAAGAGUGACUGUUAAAACGUUCCAACAUCACUUGAGAGACUGUCAGGAAAAAUGUUUUUACAAAAAAAAAUAUAUAUAAAAAAACCCACAAAAAAAAAAAAAAAAGCAACAAAACCACCAAAAAAAAACCCAACCCCACACGAUGAAUAAUAAAUCCAGUUUGGCAGGAAACCUGAAGAAUAUCUGAUAAAGUGGUUUCUGUGUUAGUCUUGGCCUAAAAGAAAACAUCCUUAAGCUCUUUGCUAGACCCGGGCAGCGUGGUGGGGAGAGAACAAAACAGACUAUAAAGAUGCGGUGUCUCCUUGCCUUGCCUGAUCUAUUGGCAGAUAAAUGGAUCGUUCCGAGUAUCAACCUGGUGUCGGGCACCCCCAAAGAUACAUUGAUGGUGGUGUUACUUCUGGGUGCUGCUGCUGCUGCUUAAGGAAGAGCUGCCGGUCUGCUUUGUGACAGUAAGUGAAGUCAUGAGCCUAGAGAUGCGUGGAGUUUUCUUUUUUAUUUUUUAUUUUAAUAUCUUAUUUUUUAUUUUUUUUUGUUUUCAGAAUGUAGGAUUUUAGUCUCUUGGGAGUUUCUGUCUUGUUUUAAAUAGGAGUGCUGCAUCUUGAAGGGGUGCUUCGUUUUAAACACUCAGCUCAAACUUUGUGACCAAAUAAAACCAUGCAGUUCCAGUUUUCCCCCCCUUCCUUUCCUACCCCUGACUUGACUCCUGUGGUGAAAUCUCUUCCCUUCUGUAUAGUCGCUUCCCUCUUGUUACGUGUGUUUAAUAGAUGCUGUUCUAGAGCAAAGUUACAUUUCUUCUGUUAACCAUUAAAACCAAUUCUGCUUGUAGCUGUUCUCAGCACAUUUUUCUUUUCUUCUGGACAAAAGGAAGCUCACACAACAACACUGUAAAGUUAUUUCAAUGUAAAAAGAGAAACAACAACCAAAUCCCCCCCCCCCCAGACUUUUGUAUUUUGAAUAUCCAUCGUAUGAAGCUGUACUGAUAAUGGCAUGACUCUGUAUCUGUUUCAGCCUUGCUGUUUCUUUCCUCUUUUUGUCAUAGCCACGUAGUGUUCACACAUCCAAACCAAUGCCAUAAUAAAAAGGUGGGAUUUUCUGUGUA